AUGGCACUUUGGGUGGCGCGGGAGCAGUUGGGCCGGAACAAUUUGCAAGGGGCCGACAGUGAGGAGCUCACGAAGUUGUUGCACCCAGAUCAUUUGGCCUACCUGCGAGAUAUCAGAGCUCAAGGCGUGCCCGCCAGGUACCAAGGGCAGAGGGAGCGAGUGACGACCCGACCACACCCGCGGGCGAGGGCAGACAUGGGCCAAGUGUAUGUCCAGUUGAUGAAGGACAUCGCGAAGCACCGAGUUCUGGUCGCCUCAGCGAGCCAUUCAGCCCUCAAGCAUACGGUCUCCUCACCCUUUGAACUGGUUCCCAAGAUGCUGCCGAAUCGGUCCUUGUCAACCGAAGCUAGGCUGGUGCAUGAUCAACGGCAGGUCAACGGAGGAACCCACAAGGAUCUUCACCCGCCUGCGGCACAGCCGACCCAUGAGCAGGUGGCGAGGCGCAUUUUGUGGCUGAAGGCGAGAUACCCCGGCAUCAAGGUCGUUCUGGCAAAGAAAGACGUGGCUGGUGCCUUCAGAUUACUAUGGGUUGAUCCCAGGGAUGUGGAGCUGUUUGCGGGUGACGUCCCAUGGAGGCCAGAGUUGAUGGGACCGGGAGGAUCGGCGGCCAAGUUUCAAGGACUGGGAGAUCUUACGGUCAUCUACCUGGUCUCGAGCUUCGGGUUCUCGGGCUCCCCGGGAGAAUGGACGGCAUGGGGGCGUGCUACGGAGGAAGUCCACCGCAACCUCCGCCCGAUUGACAGCAGGAGAGAUGGAGAGCUGCACUUCUGCGGGAAGAUUUUGGUCGAUGACAUGGUGCUUGUCGAGCCCGUGAUGGGAUUGAGACCCUGGGUGUCCAGUGAGGUGUACGAGUGGGCGGUGACGCAACUCCUAGGGGAGAAGGCCAUCAACAAGCUCAAGGAUGCGGAAGAAGGGAUGUCCUUGCCCGAGGCCCGGAUUCUCAAGGGGGCUUACUUGUUGGCUCAGCCGUGCUUCAACUACGGGGACAAAAACCUUCCCCUCAAGGAGCUACAACGAUUCCGAGGGAUCGCCAAUGGUUGGAGCACCGUUGUCACUGGACUCAAGAACGAGCUCCGCAGUGCAGAUGUGUUUCUUGGAGGAGUUGGAGGAGCCGCAGUUCAACCUAAACUAGCCCAGCCUGAAGGGUCCGAAGCUCGGGUGGAUGAGGAGGAACGAAGUUGGGAGGCCCUUUGGGAGUUGUUCGAGGACUGCAGGUGGUUGUGUGCCCGUUCAGAGACGUGGGCUACGAAGUUUGGGGGCGACAUCAGAGAGUUGCUCCCGCCUUUGGACCGCUUGGCCCUGCCUGGACAGCAAGGGGAAGGCCCGAUCUUCGUCUCCUCUGACGCUACGCCGGAGGUUGUUGCAGCCAUCGAUUGGACCAAUGGCCUGGCUUGUCGCGAGGAUGUUGAGACCCUGAAGCCAUGGAUUCGGCAGGUUACAGAGGCCGAGGGGCAAGAGGGCGGCAAGCUCGCCAUUCAUCUGGGCGAGAUGCUGAGCUUCGUGGCCUUUGCUUGCAAGGUUGGCCAUUUGUGGGAGGGCAGAGUGGUCGUCUAUGCAGGGGACAACAAGGUCGUCUACUUCUGGAUUACCGGGCGGAAGAGUGGAGUCCGGGCCGGGAGGACCUUUCACAAUGAGGAUGCGGACGCCCUCACCCGUUUGGAGGAGAAGCAGGCGGACGAGCUCAUGGUGAAGAAGGGUUGGGACAAGCUGGACAUCAAGGAGAGCAUCCACCAGGCUUUGGAGGACACGGAGCGGUUUGGCUUGUGCUUUUUGUCCUGGGCAGAUCAGGAGGACAGAUAUGAGUUGAUGAGGUUGAGGGAACUACGGGUCUUCAGAACCGUCCUCCGACAGCCAGCCGAGCUGAGGGAGGUAGAGGACUUCGAAUACUUCACUGGGGGAGCCAGGGAUCCGGAGCACAAGGUCAUAGCAGCCACCAUCGGACCUGACCCGAAAGGAAGGCGAGUGGCGGAGUUCACGGCCUAUCUCGACAGUGAGGUCUUUGACAUUGCCGUCCUGGAGGGACCGACCGAGGUGCGAUGGGCGCGCCUGGAGCAAUGGGCGAAGAGUGUGGGAUGGAGCUGUGUGUUCCAAGAGUUCCUCACGUCCCAGCUUGGGGAAGCUAUGGUGAGGAGAAGGGUCGCGGGCUUCGUUUUCCCUACGGAAAAGUCCUCGGAGGCGGUCGAGUUUUUGAUGGUGAAGUCGGUUACUCCGCCAGCGAUGGGGUCCUACUUGAAGAAGCUCAAGGAAGGCAACUGCGUUCAGACCGAACGGUAUGAGGCAGCCAUCAAUGUGGGCCAAGAGGUCAUGCUCCCGGUGGUGACAGCCCAUGCGUGGAUCAGGCAGGACGGGGAGAGGCAGAAUGUCUAUUCCUUGAGCGGACCUUGCCGGUGGCCCCUCACUGACUCCUUAGAGAAGGGCAUGCAACGCAUCCUAGUACAGGACAAGACCGCCCCGGUGGGCAAGGUGAGGAGCCUCACGGGCGAGGAGGUGUGGGUGCUGCAGGGCAGGCGCCUGGACGAGUGGAGGAACCUGGUGGAGCUGAUCGGGGAGAAGGAAGCGGAGAAGGAAGGCUGCUGCCGGGCUACAGGCCGUCGAACUGCUCUGAGCCUGAUCAGCACCGCUGCGGAGAUUGUGAAAGAGGGUAAGGAAAGCAAGGCAGGGAUGUGCCUCGACAAGGAGGAUUACAAGUCAUUGGGCAUUUUGCUGCAGUGGCUGAGGAGAUGGCGUCGUGGAGACUUCAGGCGAGCACUACCAGAUCGUAAGGCUGGAGGCCGUGAUGAUCAGAUGCGAUCGGUGUGGUUCUGGGGUGAAGAGUUGUGGCUUGGCGCCCUCGAGGAUGACGAGAUGACCUUCGGAAGCAGUGAGGACCGGAAAUGCGGAGGUCGCCGCAGGAAGGAGGUGAGGCCAGUGGAGGAGACCGGUGCUCGUUUCAUCGACCUCAACCCAGACUUCAAUCCAGAUAUGGAGAUCCAGGCGCAGGUGGAGGAGUGGUUGGAAGCCCACUUGGUGGGUGACAAGGCAGCCAGCACCCAGAAAGCAUAUGCCACCGCUUGGGGCAAAUGGUGUGAUUGGAGCCGACGACAAGGCUGGCUAACUCCUUUCCUCGACCACAAUGGCGACCCAAUCCACAAUGAGAACAAGGUCCUGGGCUACCUGGGCUACUUGGGAUGGCUGGGUACGUCAGUGGCCACGAUGAAGCAGGCAGUGUUCGCCAUCAAGGACGCACACAAGAGAGCCGGCCAUGGUGACACGACGGUCAAGAUGCACCGUCUUUGGAUCGUUCUCAACUCGUUGGAGAAGAACUCAGUGAAGAAGCCAAGGCGGCUGGGUGUCACGGUCCAGAUGAUCAAGUGGCUUGGCAAACAGAUGGCCUCAGGAGCGGACGCCAUGGGCGAGCUCAAAGUUGACUGCAGGAUGGUGCAUGCAGCGGUGGUCACGGCCUGGUUCUUCAUGCUUCGUGCCAGGGAGUUCUCUGACUCCAGCGGGGUGGAUCAGGAGAUGAUCGUCAGGGGGCAAGAUGUAUCCCUCACAACUCGUGGCCAACCCGACGAGAAUGAUCCUCAGGAAGUGACCUUGCAGUUCCGCAAAACCAAGGCGGAUCAGGAGGCCUUCGGGACGUGCAAGACGAUGCUGAGGACGGAGGUCGAGUUCGUGUGUGUGGUCACUGCGCUCCAUCGACUACGCGAAGUGGCACCGAGGAGGUUUGGGCGGGGCCCAGAGAGUCACAUGCCCUUGUUCCGGUGGGCUUCGGGACCUGUCCUCAAGCGCUUGGAGGUCCAGAACCUUCUGCAGAGAGCGGCACGAGCUCUCGGCUUGCCGGCAGAGCGCUUCCAGUCCCAUUCGCUACGAAUUGGUGGAGCGUCGGCGCUUUACCAAGCCACGGGGGAGAUUGAAGUGGUCAAGAGGACCGGGCGAUGGACAUCGUCAGCGGUGCAGCGCUAUCUCCAUGACUCGGGCGACGUCCUGUCAGGUCUGGCGCGGAAGAUGGCCAAUGUGGACCAGCACGUGCAUUACACCUGA